UAAUGGAGGAGUUACACUCGUGCAGUUGUUGCUUAGUGCGGCCUCCGGAGAAGGGCCUCAGGACGUUGUAUAAACAUCUCGGCAAAACAGAGAUAUAUUAUGAAAUGCUGAAAGACUGCUUCGAUAUAAAUCUCGGUAUUGGGAAUGAGGAGUGUGGUAUCUGCGAGGUGUGCGUGGGGCGGCUGCGGGAUGCGAGCGACUUCAAGCUGCAAGUGCAGCGCAGCCAGGCCCAGCUGCACGCGCGGCUCAAGGGAGUGCUUACUGCCAACAACAUCAAGCUGGAGAAGUCCGAGGUGGAGAUGGCUGACGGCGAGGUCGUGUCAGUGGCCAUUUACGGCGGCCCACCCGCGCCUUCAGCGCAACCUGUUCCUGCCGCGUCUAACCGCAUCUCUUUUGCGUCAGACCCGACCCUCACCAACCUCGACGCCACCGAGCCGGCUCCGGCGUCUAGCCGCACUAAAGUGCACGAGUGCGACACAUGCCACAAAACAUUCAAAAACCCUAAUGCAAAAACUAAACUCAUAAUCCACCGCCGCACCCACACUGGAGAGAAACCGUACUCGUGCAAUGUAUGCAACAAAAGAUUCGCACAAAAGAGCCACUUAAAUAGUCACUACGCAUACCAUAUUGGGAAGUUCAAAUUCUCUUGCGAACAAUGCGACACGAGAUUCACGCAAAAAAACCAAUGGGUUGUACAUAUGCGGAUACACACUGGUGAAAGACCGUACUCGUGUGAAAUAUGCAACAAAACAUUCAAACAAAAAGGACACUUAACCGUUCACAAAAAAAAUCAUUCGAAAUAUGAUCCUAGUCGUGUAGAGCCCGGAGAAAUAACAGUAUGCAAAACAGAGUGUGCAGAAGAAUCUAAAAAUCAAGUAUCCACCGAACAUAAGUAUUUCCCAUGUGAUAUAUGCAAAAAACAAUUUGCUGAACAAAAUUAUUUAAACACUCAUUUAAAAAAUCACCCUGGUGAUUAUCCAUUCGCCUGUGAAACUUGCGAUAGGAAAUUCAAGACGCAGUCUGCAUUAGAUAUCCAUAAGUACGAUCACACGGGGGGAAAACCUUUUAAAUGUGAAGAAUGCAAUAAACGAUAUACAUCAAAAAGCGCUUUAAGACUUCAUGCAAGAAUUCACUCCAAUGACUAUAGAUUCCCGUGCGAUGUGUGUAAUAAACGAUUCCUACAUAAAGACGCUAUGAGCAUACACAUGCGUGUACACACUGGUGAAAAGCCUUAUACCUGCGAGAUAUGCCAAAGGAAGUUCCCAUAUAGAUGUGGCUUAAAAAAUCAUUUAUUAGCACAACAUAAACAAAUAAUGGACAAACAGUUUUGUUGCGAUAUUUGUGGGAAACGAUUUGCACUACAGGGAACAUUAAGUAAACAUAUGAAUAAACACGCUGAGAAGGAAAGGGAAGAAAAAGCUAUUAAGGAAGGGAGGAAGGAAGAUCUCAAAACUUUUAUGUGUGAAAUAUGUAGCAAACGGUUUUCAACCAAAGGUAUCUUAAAAAACCAUAGAGAAAUACAUAAUGAAGAAAAACCUUUUGAGUGUGAAGUGUGCUAUAAGACAUUUCGGAUGAAGAAGUAUUUAGAAGACCACAUGAAGGUGCAUGAGAGCUUUAAACAACACGCUUGCGAAGUAUGUGGCCAACAGUUCAGACAUAAAUCUGCCUUAACGGUUCAUAUCCGACGAAUGCAUUCAGACAUCAGGCCACAUUGUUGUGAUGUUUGCAAAAAGGCUUUUCCAGUACUUGCUGAAUUGAAAGCGCAUUAUCGGGUGCACACUGGUGAGAGACCGUAUGCUUGCGAGAUAUGCUAUAAGAAGUUUCAGCGCCAUAAUGGAGUUAAGAAACAUCUUAUAAGUGUUCAUCAUGAGAAACCUUCAAAGUUUGUUAAAUUAAAAGAAUAUAAUAACCCUUACUGAAUUGAAGUAGUAUUCUUGUAUUUAAAUUUA